CAUACUUUUUCAUGGUGCAAGACCAGACAGUCAGUCCAGUCAUAGACAGGCUGUUCUUUGACUGUCCUUAGUGUUGGUGCAAAUAGCGAUCAGCUCAUAUAAAGUGCAAAUUUGACGUCAUGAUACUCUUCAUGGAAGCGAUGUUUUAUAUCCGGUGAUAACUAAAUAUGUCCUUCGUGUUUUAUACAAAAAUUGGAAAUCAAACAUUUAAGUUGUAACUGAAGUCUUCAGGAAGAACGAAAUCGGUGUUUCCCUUGGAAUAGAGGAUUUUGAAAAAGUUACAAACAGGAAAAAAAGGACAAUGUAUUUCAGAUUUGCAUGGGUGCGUCCGUUCUGGAGGACUAUUUGGGUAGUCCUUACUCCAAUACUCCUUUCUCCGAUUCCUCUGGCAAUGAAUCACGCGGCAGCAAGAUGCGGCUACGUCAUAUUAAUAAUGGCAGCCUACUGGAUGACAGAGGCUCUGCCGCUGGCGGUGACGGCUCUGAUUCCUGUCUUUGCUUUCCCGCUGCUGGGCAUCCUGUCAACCGGCGAAUGCUGCCUCGUCUACAUGAAGGAAACCAACAUGAUGUUCCUCGGCGGCCUUACGGUGGCCAUCGCAGUCGAGCACUGUAAUCUGCAUAAGAGAAUCGCUUUGUUCGUCAUUCUUAAUGUUGGUCAGAGUCCUCGGCGGCUGAUGGCUGGAUUCAUGUUGACAACGAUGUUUCUCUCGAUGUGGAUUUCCAACACUGCAUCCACGGCUAUGAUGGUGCCCAUCGUGGAUGCCAUCCUGGUGGAACUCUACGCUACCCGUAGCAAGAAGCUGCCGGAGGAGAACGCCACUGCCAUAGACCUGAGCGCCAAUUCUGGUCAGAACCAGUUGGAAUUGAGCCCGGCUGGGGAGAAUGGCGUCACCGACGGCCACAACAUAAAAGAGAGGGCGGAGGCAGAGGGAGGAGUAGUAACGACAACGGAAGUAGUAACGACGAAGUCGACGAGUCUCACAGCUACGCCUCCUGACGAGGAAUGCAGAGCUUUGAGAGAUAUGUGCUUCCUUGCUACUGCAUACGCGGCCAAUAUCGGCGGAACAGGUUCCUUGACUGGAACCGGGCCUAACCUAGUCGUCAAAGGUGUACUUGCAAGCGCCAUAGACACUAACAAUCACGAGGUAGAGAAAGGGGACAAAUUACUAACUGACGAGGAAAUUGACGCAGCUAAUGCAGAGGUAUUUAGACAAAGACACAUCAUGCGACGCACUCUCCUCCUGGGCGUCGCUUACUCUGCUAAUGUCGGAGGAACUGGGGUGGUUACUGGCACCUCUCCCAACCUGGUCCUUAUGGCUGUACUGCAGGACUCUUUCAGUCAGCCAACAGGACUGAAUUUUGCCACCUGGAUGGCUUUCAAUGUCCCUGGUAUGAUUCUGUGUGUCAUCCUGGCAUGGGUAUGGCUGCAGGUCCUUUUCAUGGGCCUUUUCAGAAAGAAGAGCCCCAUCCAGCAGUCGACACCGGAGCGCACAAAUGCAGUUAGGAAACUGAUUCGCCAAAAAUACAAGGAACUUGGACCAAUGACCCACCAUGAAGCCACAGUCCUCACACUUUUUAUAAUAUUAGUUUUGUUGUGGCUCUUCAGAGCACCAGAAUUCGUCCCUGGUUGGUCUGCAUGGUUCAAAGACGCAUUUGAAGGAAUUGAGGUUGAUGAUGCUACUCCAGCUAUGUUAAUUGUUACUCUUCUCUUCAUAUUACCAGCAAGAUUAAAUUUCUGGUGCUUCAGAAAUCCCAAAGAUCCUGGGCCACCUCAGCCAUCUCCGGCCUGUAUGAAUUGGCAAGUUGUCCACGAGAAAAUCCCCUGGGGCGUUGUGCUCUUGCUUGGUGGUGGAUUUGCGAUGGCUGAAGGCGCCAACAAAUCAGGGCUGUCCGCAUGGCUAGGAGACCAACUUGUGGCUUUUAACGUGAUGCCCAAGGAAGCUAUAGUAUUUGUUGUGUCUCUGAUGACAGCCAUGUUGACUGAAGUAGCCUCCAACACUGCCACAGCCUCCAUUCUGCUACCAGUACUUAAAGAAAUGGCUCUAAACAUAAACGUAAAUCCACUGUACCUAAUGUUGCCAGCAGCUGUAUGUUGCUCCUAUGCCUUCAUGUUGCCAGUUGCAACACCACCAAAUGCGAUUGUGUUCAGUGCUGCCAACAUGAAGAGUGCAGACAUGAUGAAAGCUGGAUUCUUGAUGAACAUUAUAUGCGUUGUAGUGAUAACUGUGAUGAUAAACACCUUAGGUGUGGCAUUGUUUGAUUUACAACAUAUGCCUCCUUGGGCAAAUUCAACUAUUAGUGCUUUAAACUGAAGACAUAGAUUCACAGCAGGCUAAGUCUCAAGUCUAAUCUACAAACCAAUGCUGUGGCGGAGGACAAUCUAUUCUACAUAAACUUGGGGAUUAAAUGGCAGUCAUUCUAAGUAAAACUGUCUUUGGCUGUAAGAACAUUUAUUUUUUAAGCCUUAUGUGGCUCUGAAGUAUUUAGUGCCUUUGUAUGUAGCGGUACAGAAUUCUUACAUUACUGUAUUGUAUUACUGCAGACAGUUUGGCUGGCCAAAUUGUAGACCUCUCACGUCUCAACUAUGUAUCCAGGAUAUUUUUAGUGAAGGGCUCUUUCAUUCAUCUGAAUCUUUCAGAUUUCGUUUCACUGAAAUUCAGGUUAUAAUCACGUACAUAAAUUUUGUGGUUUGAAGUGCUCUUAAGUUUUGUAAUACACUUUUAAGUUAUAGGAUAACAGCUUUUAAACACUACCUUCAGGAAGAAAGGUAUUAAACAGAAUUGCAAACAAAUAGACGAAAUGUAUAAAAAUUGUACUUUUUUUCCAAAUUUUAGCCAUAAGAAUGCUCAGUACUGUAAAUUAAGGUUAUUUAUUUCUGACUUGCAUCACCUUUGAUUAUACUGCUAAGAAAGUUCUCAUUUUAACUUUUAAUAUUUAUACAAACUUAAAGCUGUAGAUGUACGUUUGUGAUGACAAAACAAAUUAUCUAUGACGCUUCUGUAUGAAUAAAGUCAGUUGUUAAAUUAUCAUUUUAAUUAUAAACUGCUUCAACUUGAGUGAAACUGAAGUAUAUUUUCCAGAAAUAUUAAGGUGAUUUUUAAAUAAAUAAUGAUUAUUCAUCUAA